AUGUUCGGCCCACUGGAUCUCAUCGUCCCACCCACUGUUCUCCUCACAGCUGUGCUGACUCUGCCGUUCACCAUCGCUAGCCGUAUCCUCACAGGCAAUUUCUCCGACUUAACGGUAUGGCCGAAGCUCAAGCACCUGUGGUUCAAGCACUUCUGGUGGUGGUUUGGCCCAGCGUCGAAGCCGCUCUUCGCAUCCUCCGUUAGACCCUUGCUUGCGGAGGCUUCAGGUAUUGUCCUCGACAUCGGACCAGCAAGUGGGAUCUGGAUGCCCGAGUUCGGUGAAGCAGUCAAGAAGAAUCCUGGCAAGAUCAAGAAGAUCUACGGAAUCGAGCCGAACACUUUGUUCCACCCACAGCUGCUCAGCCAGGCAAAGGCGAAUGGUCUUGCUCAUAUUUAUGAGCCAGUCGCAGCAUAUGCGGAAGAGCUCGAGGGCAAAGGCAUAGCCAAAGGCAGUAUCGACACCGUGAUCACUGUGCACGUAUUAUGCAGCGUCGGGGAUCACGCGGACACAGUCGUCAAGGAGUUGUACGACUACCUCAAGCCGGGAGGUCAGUGGCUGGUGUAUGAGCACGUUGUGUCUCGCCAUACUGCUGUCAAGGCGUUCCAAGCUAUCAACAACGUCUUUUGGCCGACACUACUCGAUGGCUGUACUCUGGACCGAGAUACAGAGCAGAUGCUAAGGAACGCUGGCCAGUGGGAUAGCAUUGCAAUAGGGCCGGAUCCAAAGGAUGGGUACUUCGAGACGCUGCCGCAUACUAUUGGGAGACUGGUCAAGUAG